UCUCGCUGCAAAACAGAUAUCGGCCUCGUAUGUCACCUCAAGGACUCCUCACAUGAGAUAAUUAAAUACGCGAGUAUCGUUGAAUAUAAUGGACGAACAAUACUGGCCAUGGGGGCCCGAAUAGGUUAUUGCACUAUCAAUGCUCAAUGCUCAGUCAGUAGAAAAACGUGACCCCAUUCGAUCGAUAUCAUUUUGCAUGCAGGCUGGAGUUUACAAGGGAAGUCUUCUAUUUUGUUUACGAUGCCUCACACCUACAAACUUCACUACUUCAAUGUCAAGGGUUUUGCCGAGAUUUCGCGGCUGAUCUUCGCCGCGGCUGGGGUAGAGUAUGAGGACAUUCGCUACGAGAGAGAGACGACUUGGCCUGAAGCAAAAAAGAAUAUGCCCUAUGGGACGGUACCUGUUCUAGAAAUCGACGACGGCCUAUCAGAAAGGCCAGUAAUGCUGACGGAGUCUUUUACCAUUGCUAAAUAUCUCGCGGUGAUAUUCAAUUUGAAUGGGAAGACUGCGCUGGAAGGAGCACGAAUAGAUGAAAUCGUGGAAUUUACACGAGACCUGAUCAAAGACCUUCUAGUUAUGCAUUACGAGAAGGACCAAAACAAAAAGGAAAAAAUUCAGGAAGAACUAAAAGUAAAGCUUCCAGUGCAUUUGGCGAAGUUGGAAAAGAAGCUCCUCAAGAACAAUAGUGGAGAUGGAUUCUUUGUGGGCGACAAGCUCAGUCUUGCCGACCUUCAGGUUUACGCAGUAACAUCGAGUUGGAUGCCUGCUGAGUGCCUGGUAUGCUGUCCAAAGGUACAGGCCCUCAAUGCUCGCAUUGAAGAGAUCCACUGCAUCAAGAAGUGGCUUGAAAUAAGACCGAAGACCGACCAUUAAAGAGAGGACAGUUACCGGCCUGCAGUGGCUUGGGACCCAGUCGGUGGAAUCAAGCCGAAUAAUAUCCCCGAUUGGAAUGGCAGGAUCUUGAUUGACUGUGUGGUACUGGUACAAGUGGGAACUGUGACGAUAUACUGCGAGAUAGUAGAGACACAUAUCGGCGACUUCGUGCAACUUUAUAAAGAGCACGAAUUGCAAAUAUACCCAGUGUUUGGGUGUCAUGUAGUAUAUAUUGUAGUAGCAUUUGUAGUGCAAUGAACUUAAGUCGUGACUCAAAGAGUUUAUUGUAAAGGACCAGUUGACCAACAAUUAAAUGAAGUGAUGAAUAUGCUAAUGAUAAAAA